GCGGCGCUCUCGCGUGCCCGUGUCUCCCUCUCUCUGCCUCUGCAGAAACAGCUCCUGCCAGAACGGCGCUCGGCGCGGAGCGGCCCGGAGCGGCGGAGCCUCUUCCUGCCUCCGCGCCUCCGGAGUUGCGGGAGCUUCUUGACACAGCGGAGCCGAGCCGGGGCCUCGGGUCUGGCCUGAGCAGCGAGACUCUUCUGCCCCUCGGGCCCUCCUGGUCUGGGGUCCAUCGCUGCCCUCGCCCCUCCUCUCUGCCUCUUCUCGCGCCGCCUCCCUUGGUUGAUUUUUUCAAACGGUGAAGCCGCCAGAGGUGCGGGGCUAAAUUCUUGGAAGGGGCCCGGAUGUACUGAGGAUGCAUUACAAUUUCACUCAAGGAGGCAGUAGUGGAAAGGAGCAGUUUUUGGUGUUUGAUGCAAUAAUGGGAAUCAGGUAAUCAUCAGAAGGGAAGAAGAAACACCGCAGCUCCACAGCUUCCUUGAAUUUUGCACGAAAGCCGCCAGCCUCGGAGGAGGGAUUAAUCCAGACCCGCUGAGGGUGUUUUGACAUUUCUGCCUCUUUGUGGCUUCUUCGCUUUUUAAAACAAUUUUUGGUGGAUGGUCAAUGAAAACACGAGGAUGUACAUCCCAGAGGAAAACCACCAAGGUUCCAACUAUGGGAGCCCACGCCCAGCUCAUGCCAACAUGAAUGCCAAUGCAGCGGCAGGGCUUGCCCCCGAGCACAUCCCCACUCCAGGGGCGGCCCUGUCCUGGCAGGCAGCCAUUGAUGCGGCCCGGCAGGCUAAGUUGAUGGGAAGCGCUGGCAACGCGACCAUCUCCACAGUCAGCUCCACACAGCGGAAGCGGCAGCAGUAUGGGAAGCCCAAGAAGCAGGGCAGCACCACUGCCACACGCCCACCUCGUGCCCUGCUCUGCCUGACUCUGAAGAACCCCAUCCGGAGGGCAUGCAUCAGCAUUGUCGAAUGGAAACCAUUUGAAAUCAUUAUUUUACUGACUAUUUUUGCCAAUUGUGUGGCCUUAGCGAUCUAUAUUCCCUUUCCAGAAGAUGACUCCAACGCCACCAAUUCCAACCUGGAACGAGUGGAAUAUCUCUUUCUCAUCAUUUUUACUGUGGAAGCAUUUUUAAAAGUAAUAGCCUAUGGACUUCUCUUUCACCCUAAUGCUUACCUCCGCAACGGGUGGAAUUUACUAGAUUUUAUAAUUGUGGUUGUAGGGCUUUUUAGUGCAAUUUUAGAACAAGCAACCAAAGCUGACGGGGCAAACGCUCUAGGAGGGAAAGGGGCUGGAUUUGAUGUGAAGGCGCUGAGGGCGUUCCGCGUGCUGCGCCCCUUGCGGCUGGUGUCCGGAGUUCCAAGUCUCCAGGUGGUUCUGAAUUCCAUCAUCAAGGCCAUGGUUCCCCUGCUGCACAUCGCCCUGCUAGUGCUGUUUGUCAUCAUUAUCUAUGCUAUCAUUGGCCUGGAACUCUUCAUGGGGAAAAUGCAUAAGACCUGCUACAACCAGGAGGGCAUAGCAGAUGUUCCAGCGGAAGAUGAUCCCUCCCCUUGUGCUCUGGAGACAGGCCAUGGACGGCAGUGUCAGAAUGGCACUGUGUGCAAGCCUGGGUGGGAUGGGCCCAGGCACGGCAUCACCAACUUCGACAACUUCGCCUUCGCCAUGCUCACGGUGUUCCAGUGCAUCACCAUGGAAGGCUGGACAGACGUGCUAUACUGGGUCAAUGAUGCCGUAGGAAGGGACUGGCCCUGGAUCUAUUUUGUUACACUAAUCAUCAUAGGGUCAUUUUUUGUACUUAACUUGGUUCUCGGUGUCCUUAGCGGAGAGUUCUCCAAAGAGAGGGAGAAGGCCAAGGCUCGGGGGGAUUUCCAAAAGCUACGAGAGAAGCAACAACUGGAAGAGGACCUGAAAGGCUACCUGGACUGGAUCACACAGGCGGAAGACAUUGACCCUGAGAACGAGGACGAAGGCAUGGAUGAGGAGAAACCCCGAAACAGAGGAGCUGCAGCAGGCUUGCUUGAUCAGAAGAAAGGGAAGUUUGCUUGGUUUAGUCACUCCACAGAAACCCAUGUGAGCAUGCCCACAAGUGAGACGGAGUCUGUCAACACUGAGAACGUGGCUGGCGGUGACAUCGAGGGAGAAAACUGUGGGGCCAGGCUGGCCCACCGGAUCUCCAAGUCAAAGUUCAGUCGCUACUGGCGCCGGUGGAAUCGGUUCUGCAGAAGGAAGUGUCGUGCCGCAGUCAAGUCCAAUGUCUUCUACUGGCUCGUGAUUUUCCUGGUGUUCCUCAACACGCUCACCAUUGCCUCGGAGCAUUACAACCAGCCACACUGGCUCACAGAAGUCCAAGACACGGCCAACAAGGCGCUCCUGGCCCUGUUCACUGCGGAGAUGCUGCUGAAGAUGUACAGCCUGGGCCUGCAGGCCUACUUCGUGUCCCUCUUCAACCGCUUCGACUGCUUCAUUGUGUGCGGGGGCAUCCUGGAGACCAUCCUGGUGGAGACCAAGGUCAUGUCCCCCUUGGGCAUCUCUGUGCUGAGAUGUGUUCGGCUCCUGAGGAUAUUUAAAAUCACCAGGUACUGGAACUCCUUAAGCAACCUGGUGGCAUCCUUGCUGAACUCCGUGCGCUCCAUCGCCUCCCUGCUCCUACUGCUCUUCCUCUUCAUCAUCAUCUUCUCCCUCCUGGGGAUGCAGCUCUUUGGAGGAAAGUUCAACUUUGAUGAGAUGCAGACUCGGAGGAGCACGUUUGAUAACUUUCCCCAGUCCCUCCUCACCGUGUUUCAGAUCCUGACCGGGGAGGACUGGAAUUCGGUGAUGUAUGAUGGGAUCAUGGCUUAUGGCGGCCCCUCUUUUCCAGGGAUGUUAGUCUGUAUUUACUUCAUCAUCCUCUUCAUCUGUGGAAACUAUAUCCUACUGAAUGUGUUCUUGGCCAUUGCUGUGGACAACCUGGCUGAUGCUGAGAGCCUCACAUCUGCCCAGAAGGAGGAAGAAGAAGAGAAGGAGAGAAAGAAGCUGGCCAGGACUGCCAGCCCAGAGAAGAAACAGGAGGUGGUGGAGAAGCCAGCAGUGGAGGAGACCAAGGAGGAGAAAAUUGAGCUGAAAUCCAUUACAGCUGAUGGAGAGUCCCCGCCCACCACCAAGAUCAACAUGGAUGACCUCCAGCCCAAUGAAAAUGAGGACAAGGGUGUCUACCCCAACCCGGAAGCGACAGGAGAGGAGGAUGAGGAGGAGCCUGAGAUGCCCGUGGGCCCACGCCCACGCCCACUCUCGGAGCUGCACCUCAAGGAAAAGGCAGUGCCCAUGCCUGAAGCCAGUGCAUUUUUCAUCUUCAGCCCCAGCAACAGGUUUCGCCUCCAGUGCCACCGCAUUGUCAAUGACUCGAUCUUCACCAACCUGAUCCUCUUCUUCAUCCUGCUCAGCAGCAUUUCCCUGGCUGCGGAGGACCCGGUCCAGCACACCUCCUUCAGGAACCAUAUUCUGUAUUAUUUUGAUAUUGUUUUUACUACCAUUUUCACCAUUGAAAUUGCUCUGAAGAUGACUGCUUAUGGGGCUUUCCUGCACAAGGGCUCCUUUUGCCGGAACUACUUCAACAUCUUGGACCUGCUAGUGGUCAGCGUGUCCCUCAUCUCCUUUGGCAUCCAGUCCAGUGCAAUCAAUGUUGUAAAGAUCUUGCGAGUUCUGCGUGUACUCAGGCCCCUGAGAGCCAUCAACCGGGCCAAGGGGCUAAAGCAUGUGGUCCAGUGUGUGUUCGUGGCCAUCCGCACCAUCGGGAACAUCGUGAUUGUCACCACCCUGCUUCAGUUCAUGUUCGCCUGCAUCGGGGUCCAGCUCUUCAAGGGAAAGCUCUACACCUGUUCAGACAGUUCCAAGCAGACCGAGGCGGAAUGCAAGGGAAACUACAUCACGUACAAGGACGGGGAGGUUGACCACCCCAUCAUCCAGCCCCGCAACUGGGAGAACAGCAAGUUUGACUUUGACAAUGUCCUGGCAGCCAUGAUGGCUCUCUUCACCGUCUCCACCUUUGAGGGGUGGCCAGAGCUGCUGUACCGCUCCAUCGACUCCCACACGGAAGACAAGGGCCCCAUAUACAACUACCGCGUGGAGAUCUCCAUCUUCUUCAUCAUCUACAUCAUCAUCAUUGCCUUCUUCAUGAUGAACAUCUUCGUGGGUUUCGUCAUCGUCACCUUCCAGGAGCAGGGAGAGCAGGAAUACAAGAACUGUGAGCUGGACAAGAACCAGCGUCAGUGUGUAGAGUAUGCCCUCAAGGCCCGACCCCUGCGGAGGUACAUACCCAAGAACCAGCACCAGUACAAAGUGUGGUAUGUGGUCAACUCCACCUACUUUGAGUACCUGAUGUUCGUCCUCAUCCUGCUCAACACCAUCUGCUUGGCCAUGCAGCACUACGGUCAGAGCUGCGUGUUUAAAAUCGCCAUGAACGUCCUCAACAUGCUCUUCACUGGCCUCUUCACUGUGGAGAUGAUUCUGAAGCUCAUUGCCUUUAAACCCAAGGGUUACUUUAGUGAUCCCUGGAAUGUUUUUGACUUCCUCAUCGUAAUUGGCAGCAUAAUUGACGUCAUUCUCAGUGAAACUAAUCACUAUUUCUGUGAUGCAUGGAAUACGUUUGACGCCUUGAUUGUUGUGGGUAGCAUUGUUGAUAUAGCAAUCACCGAGGUAAACCCAGCUGAACAUACCCAAUGCUCUCCCUCUCUGAAUGCAGAGGAGAACUCCCGCAUCUCCAUCACCUUCUUCCGCCUCUUCCGGGUCAUGCGCCUGGUCAAGCUGCUGAGCCGUGGGGAGGGCAUCCGGACGCUGCUGUGGACCUUCAUCAAGUCCUUCCAGGCCCUGCCCUACGUGGCCCUUCUGAUCGUGAUGCUGUUCUUCAUCUAUGCCGUGAUCGGGAUGCAGGUGUUUGGGAAAAUUGCCUUGAAUGACACUACCGAGAUCAACCGGAACAACAACUUUCAGACCUUCCCCCAAGCUGUGCUGCUCCUCUUCAGGUGUGCCACCGGGGAGGCGUGGCAGGACAUCAUGCUGGCCUGCAUGCCAGGGAAGAAGUGCGCCCCGGAGUCUGAGCCCCACAACAGCACGGAAGGGGAGGCACCCUGUGGCAGCAGCUUCGCCGUCUUCUACUUCAUCAGCUUCUACAUGCUCUGUGCCUUCCUGAUUAUCAACCUCUUCGUAGCUGUCAUCAUGGACAACUUUGACUACCUGACAAGGGACUGGUCAAUCCUUGGUCCCCACCAUUUGGACGAAUUUAAAAGAAUAUGGGCAGAGUAUGACCCUGAAGCCAAGGGUCGUAUCAAACACCUGGAUGUGGUGACCCUGCUCCGGAGGAUUCAGCCCCCACUGGGUUUUGGGAAGCUGUGCCCUCACCGUGUGGCUUGCAAACGCCUGGUCUCCAUGAAUAUGCCUCUGAACAGUGAUGGGACGGUCAUGUUCAAUGCCACCCUAUUUGCCCUGGUCCGGACAGCCCUGAGGAUCAAAACAGAAGGGAACCUGGAACAAGCCAAUGAGGAGCUGCGGGCCAUAAUCAAGAAGAUCUGGAAGAGGACCAGCAUGAAGCUGCUGGACCAAGUGGUGCCCCCCGCGGGUGAUGAUGAGGUCACGGUCGGCAAGUUUUAUGCUACUUUCCUGAUCCAAGAGUACUUCCGGAAGUUCAAGAAGCGCAAAGAGCAGGGCCUCGUGGGCAAGCCCUCCCAGAGGAACGCCUUGUCCCUACAGGCUGGCUUGCGCACGCUGCACGACAUCGGGCCCGAGAUCCGACGGGCCAUCUCCGGAGACCUGACAGCCGAGGAGGAACUAGACAAAGCCAUGAAGGAGGCUGUGUCUGCCGCCUCUGAAGACGACAUCUUCAGGAGGGCCGGUGGCCUGUUCGGCAACCACGUCAGCUACUACCAAAGCGACAGCCGGAGCACCUUCCCCCAGACCUUCACCACUCAGCGCCCGCUGCACAUCAACAAGGCCACCAACAGCCCAGGCCACACCGAGUCCCCGUCCCAUGAGAAACUGGUGGACUCCACCUUCACUCCCAGCAGCUACUCAUCCACUGGCUCCAAUGCCAACAUCAACAACGCCAACAACACUGCCCUGGGCCGCUUUCCCCGCCCCACCCGCUACCCCAGCUCCGUAAGCGCCGUGGAGGGCCAUGGGCCCCCCUUGUCUCCCGCCAUCCGGGUGCAGGAGGCAGCGUGGAAGCUCAGCUCCAAGAGGUGCCACUCCCGGGAGAGCCAGAUAGCCAUGGUGUGUCGGGAGGAGUUUUCUCAGGACGAGACCUACGACGUGCAGAUGGGUGAUGACGCGGAGUACUGCAGUGAGCCCAGCCUGGUCUCCACAGACAAGCUCUCCUACCAGGAUGAGGAAAGCCGGCAGUUGGCACCGCCAGAGGACAGGAGGGACACCCGGCAAUCUCCAAAGAGGGGCUUCCUCCGCUCGGCCUCCCUGGGUCGGAGGGCCUCCUUCCACCUCGAAUGUCUGAAGCGACAGAAGAAUCAAGGGGGAGACAUCUCUCAGAAGACAGUCCUGCCCUUGCAUCUGGUUCAUCACCAGGCAUUGGCAGUGGCGGGCCUGAGCCCCCUCCUCCAGAGAAGCCAUUCUCCCACCACGUUCCCCCGGCCGUGUGCCACCCCCCCGGCCACGCCCAGCAGCCGAGGCUGGCCCCCGCAGCCCAUCCCCACCCUUCGGCUGGAAGGAACCGAGUCCACCGAGAAACUCAACAGCAGCUUCCCAUCCGUCCACUGCAGCUCCUGGUCGGGGGAGCCCACACCCUGCGAGGGGGGCAGCAGCGCCACGCGGAGAGCCCGGCCGGUGUCCCUCACUGUGCCCAGCCAGGCCGGGGCCUGGGGCAGGCAGUUCCACGGCAGUGCCAGCAGUCUGGUGGAAGCAGUCUUGAUUUCGGAAGGACUGGGGCAGUUUGCCCAAGAUCCCAAGUUUAUCGAGGUCACAACCCAGGAGCUGGCUGACGCCUGCGACAUGACCAUCGAGGAGAUGGAGAACGCUGCAGACAACAUCCUCAGUGGGGGCGCCCAGCAGAGCCCCAACGGCACCCUCUUACCUUUUGUUAACUGCAGGGACCAGGGGCAGGACAGAGCAGGGGGCGAGGAGCCCGGGCCCUGUGGGCCCAGCCAGGAGCCUCAGAGGAGCGAGGAGGAGCUGCAGGACAGCAGAGCCUACGUCAGCAGCCUGUAGGAGCUGGGCUGGGAGAUGAUGGGUUUUUUAUUUGUCUCAAUGUUCCUAAAGGGUUCGUUUCAGAAGUGCCUCACUGUUCUCGUGACCUGGAGUUAACGGAACAGCGUCUUCAUUCAUUUCGUUGGGACAAGACACAGAGUUGGGUGGUAUGGAGAGUCAGCUUUUUGGGGGGAAGAAAAGCAGCAACCCCAGUUUGUGUCCAAGGAGGGAGAGUGGUGAGGAGGAGGAGGAGGAGGAGGAAGGGUCAGGGAGGAGCGAGAGAAGGCCGCCUGCUCUCCUGUGGUUUUGCAAGCCCUGUGCCAGGAACCAGCCUUCACCUUGGGCACAAAAGAGACCCUCAGCUUCCUGUGGUAGCCCCCACCGAAAAGGACCUUUGUCAAACGGGUGUCUUUCAACUUUGCUUGUACAAAAAUCAUUUUGCACAUAUUGUGUACGAGCCUCACUGUCCCCAUAGAGCCAGGGCCCUGUGGAUCUGCAGAAGGAGGCAGGCAUGACUCCCACCCCCCACCCCCACCAGAGAGGGAAGAGCAGGCAGCAGGAGGCCAGGAGCUGGGAGCCAGGAGGGAGGGCGCUUGGCCAAGAAGCAGCUGCCCCACCCCCACCUCCAGCCGCCUGUUGCCGCCUGUGUCAGGAUCACCUUCCCCUCACUGGCCCCCAGCCCAGCAGCCCAGCCCGCAGCGGCCAGCCUGCAGCGGAGGCGGCGAGGGGAGCGGCGCCCGCAGGAAGGGGCAGCCAGCACUGGACAACGCGAGGAGGAGCUGGGUUCUGCUGAGUGCUCCUUUGUUCUGUGGUUUGACAUUUCUCUUGACAGCAUGUUGCAGUUUUCAUUUUGUUGUUUUGGGGUUUUUUAUUUUAUUUUCCCAGGAGGAGGGGAGGAAGAGGACUGUUUACGAAGUUCAGUAGCCACCACCUUAUUGUUUUCACUCUUGCAAAUGUAAAUCGGGUUCAGUUUGAUCCUGUUAUUAAACGGGUGUGGUUUCCUUUUCCUACAGAGGGUCCUUGCAGUCCCUGUGGGAGAGUUUUACCAGACGUUGUGUAUGCCCAGUAAUUUGUAUGGUUCCCAUAGGUAGUAAACAUGGUUUUCGAUUGGUUUUAUAAUUUAAAGGUAAUCAGCAAUGCACUUCACAGGGGCUUGCACAGAUGGGUGCCUGAGGGGUUCUCUCCCACGCUGGGUGUGUGGGUGGCCGGAAGAGAGGAAGCGUGUUCGAGAGUCUCUGAGUGUGAUCCGCAUGUAGUGGGUUGUCUGUUUGCGUGUGUCGGCCGUGUGUACGUGCGCCCACGCGGGGGCCCUGCGCCUAGUGAGUGUGCAGCGCCCCAUUUCUGGGUUAACUGGGGGGAUCUGAAUCCAGGGCCAUUUGAGAGCAAAAACAAAUCACUGUCUCUGCUUCUGAAACAGGAAUCAGUAACUUUGCAUUUUCUGUCCCACAAGAUAUGCAAAAACAAUGCAAUAAUAUUCAUUUUAAAAAUACAAUUGUGAGUCUUGUUGGCAUUAAAACUGUAUUUUAAAAAACACAGAAAUUUAAGGAAAAACUCAAGAAGGUGUUUUGCUUCUAUAUAUUCCGUGUAAUGUUUUAUUGCAUUGAUAAUGUUUCUGUUGAAGAAACCGUUAUACUUGAAUUCAGGUCAGUUUCAGUAUUUUACAAUUAUUUUUUUAAAAUUGAAUUGCAAUUGUGCCAAGCGAAUAUAAUGAAUUAAGUUUGUUUUUGAAUUCACCUCUUGUAUAUUUUGCUGCAUGUAAGUAAAUCAUUUUGUAUUUGGAGUGUGACAAGCUUUACCUUUGAACUCUUAAGUGCUUUUCUAUAUGUGGUUGGGGGAAGGGAGGCUUUUUUUUAAUUUGUACAAUGAGCAAGGGUAUCACCAGUGUAAAUCAUUAUUCUGCUACCCAC